AUGAACCGCCUUCCCUUCUGGGUCCCACCGGCCGCCAAAGGCAUGUUCAUCGGUCUCGCGGGCACAAUAACAAUGAACGACCACUUCCUCGAACCCAUCCACAUCGAAGGCAUCUCCAUGGCACCCACCCUCUCCCCCACCUUCAACGAAACAGGAACCAAAGACCUCAUCCUCAUGCAAAAAUGGAAGCCCACCGCAAAUCUUCAACGAGGAGAUGUGGUAAUGCUCAAUCUACCACACAAGCCUGAAAAGUUGGGGAUUAAGAGGGUGAUUGCGCUAGAGGGAGAUUGGGUGACGUUGGAUUGGAAGAGGAGGCCGAAAGAGGAUAAAGAGGGGAUUGAUGGGAUGAGUAAGGAGGGAAUGGUUUGGGAUGCUAUUGGUGAGCAAAAGGAGUUUGGAGUUGGGAAGAGGAGGUGGAGGGUUCCGCUUGGUCAUGUGUGGGUCGAAGGUGAUAAUGCGCGUGCGAGCAAGGAUAGCAACACUUAUGGUCCGGUCUCGAAAUCGUUGAUUGCUGGAAAGGCUAUAUUCUGUCUGUGGCCCUGGGAACGAUUCGGCCAAAAGCAUUGGGAUGGUUACAAGAUCAAGACCAAAGUCGAGCAAACUGGACCAGUUGAUGUCGGCGAGUGGGAGAAUUUGUACUGA